GCGUCGUCGGUCAGUGACGUGGUCGGCUGCCCAUCCUUCGGCGGUGUCCUAGAGGCUCUCGCCAUCCCGCCGGUCACCGGCGACAACGUCAGCGCCUUGGCCUUCUGCGACGUCGACGGUGAUGGCAUCCAGGAGAUGAUUUGCGGCACGGAG